UCUCUCUCUCUCUCCUCCUCUUCUUCCUUUUCGCUCUUCACUUCUCCUUUUCCUUCUCGCUCUUCUGUUAGGGUUUGGCAUCCUACGGCGGUAAGCUCCGACGCCGGCGAACUAAAGCUCCAACGUGGAUUUGGGAUUAAACCCCCACUACCGACCACUCCAAUACUGAAUCACUUUAAGAAAUUGACUUCUCAGCCAGCAUCAACAGCGGGCUUCUCCUUCUCUCUCUUAAGACAAAACUAGCGAGCAAGAGGGUUUAAGGAUUUAAGUUAAACACAGCUGCAGACAAACAUGGCUCUGAGAUCGGCAGCGGUGGCGGCUGCUGCACCUAGCGGCUUGCUUAGACGGCUCUUCUCAACGGCUUCCACCUCUCCAUUCAUUCCGCCGCCGACCCCUGUUGCAGCUCAGGCUCGAGAACAGGCUGAGCCGAGCACAGACCUCUUCAUCUCUGGACAUGCAAAUCCGCUGCGAACUAUAUGGAAGGACUGUUUCGUUGAUGCAUUCCUGUUGAAAAACAAGAACAGGAGAGAUCUUCUAAUGAACAGGAAAAUCUGGUCACGUAGAUCUACUGUUUUGCCCGAAUUUGUAGGCUGCACCUUCCGAAUUUACAAUGGAAAAACUUUUAUAAAGUGUAAGAUCACCGAAGAAAAGGUUGGUCAUAAGUUCGGAGAGUUUGCUACAACGCGGAAACGAAGAGUUCGGGUUCAGCAAAAAAGCAAUGUACCAGGAAAGAAGAAGGGUAAAAAGUGAAGUCUAACCUCAUAUGGCACCAAAAGGAAAUGAAAUAUGCUCUAUCUUAGAAGAUGCCCACAAAGAGUUCAAAAUUCACUAUUCCAUAUGAACUAUGGUAGUUAGUUUUUUGUUAUUGGUUUCUUUUUUGUUACAAUAAAGAAAGAAAUCAUCUUGCUCAUCUAUAUGUUUUUGGUCUGAAAUAGGCUAGUCUUGAGCAUCUCUAUUUGUUAACAUAACUCUCUUUUAUAUCGUUCUUGUGGAAAUCUAGCAAGCACUCAUUUUUGGAG